AUGGCUACCCCGUCAAUCUCAGCAGACAAUCCCUUCCAGGUAUUGAUUGCGGAGUCGAAUGAUGAUCCGGCUCAAUUGCAAUCGCGCUAUGAAACCCAUCGCACGAAUCGGAAUGCGCAACAAAAUGCAAAGAUCCUGGCGGAAGACUUCCCAGGCUGGUCUAUAGAUGAGAUUCUGCGUCGACUUGACGGUCCUGCAAAGGAAGAGGGAUAUCUCGAUCCUCGCAAUUGCCUCGUUAUUUGGGCUAGGCCCUCUCCUCAUAUUCGAGGCUUGAUCGCUUUUGUUCAAAGCGAAUUAAGAGAUGUUGCUCCAUCUCUUUGGUUGAUGCCAUCUGGAAAUCUUCACACCACCGUCCUGGAAGUAGCCCAUUCUUUAACAGAGGACCAGAUCGAGGAAAUUGUCCAAACCUUGAAAUCGUCAAAGAAUGUCACCGAGGCAGACAUUUCAGAAUAUCCCCUGAAACAUCAAACCCGGCUCCUGAAGCCCAUGGUGAGCUUUGACUCUUCGGCACUUGCCCUCAGUUUCGCCCCCGCUGCAGGCGAAGGAGCCUCUGACGGCCAUGAUGACCAAUAUACUUAUCAUCACCUCCGCCGGGAUAUUUUCGACUUGGUGCGACAAACUGGUCUCCCCGUUGCGUCACGGUAUAUCGUUCCAUCCGCUCAUGUUACCAUUGCACGGUUCAUCAACCAGGAUGGAUUUUUUGUCAAGAAUGCGGAGGGAGGAGAUGAGCUCGAUCCAUCGCAAGUCAAAUUACUUGUUGAGAAGAUUGGUCAGAUCAACGACACCUUGGAAAGUCGUUAUUGGCCAAAGGCUGAUGGUAGCUAUCCGAAGGAGGGUGAAUGGGUUGUUGGGCAGGAUAAGGGACUUGUAAUUCGGAGGGGUCGUCUUUGGUAUGGAGGAGGCCAGGAUGUUUAA